AAAUGUUACAAAAUGUGUGCAAUGUAAAAAUGUAAACGUAGAACAAUCAAGGCAACAUCGCAUUAUAGCGCAAAAUGGGACUCCUGGUGCUCUGGUUUCUGCUCAGCCUAUUAGCAUACUUAGCCUAGCCUCGUAUAAAUCUUCCACUUUAACACUUAAUUCCGGAUAAAACUGUGCUGAGGUCCGCGUCUGACGAGUCUAGCUCCUGCUCUGAGGACACUCGCUGUCCUCCCCAGAGCCGACAUUUUAACGGAAAACACUUGUUACUGGCUGUUUGCUUGUCACUCGUAGCACACUCCUUUAUCAAGGCAUAUGAUAGGCUGUUUAUGAUCCAGGGACGCCGCACGCUUCAGGGUUGUUCAUGCAACCAAACUUAAUGUCUGUUUAUGUCAUGUUCAUUUUAUCGAGCGUUACACACAAAAUUGUUUCUUUACCGAUAAAGGUGUACUGUCGAUAAAUACCGAUACUGUUUUAUCGCCAAGCCCUACUUCAAUAAAAUAAUACAUAAAUAAAAACUUCAUUGUGUGUUUACUCAGGUAACUGACAUGUACAAAAUUCGGUAAACAUAUGUAACAUGGAAAUACAUACAAAAAUGUCUCUUGAACCCAUGACCUAAACUCAACAGGAAGUCAGCCAUUUAGAUUUUUCUCUUAAAUUUUUGUUCCGUUUUUUGCCAUUUCCAGGCCUCAUACUUUAACGAACUCCUCCUAGAGAUUUAAUCACAUCGACAUUAUAUUGGGUCAGUCUCAUCUAAAGGCACUGAUGAUGCUAAAUUGCGAAGCUUUUGAGUUUUCACUGCACGGCGUGGGUGUGGCGGUCUCACAAAUAUCGAUGUUUCGCCAAGAGAAAGAAAGUUCUUAUAACUCAAACAUACAUAGUCCAAUCUGCUCCGAACUUCACAUAUUUGAUAACAGUCCAGGACUGAAGACAUUUCCAUGCCAAUAUUCUGUUAUAGUCAUAGCACCACCUGCUGGCAACAACCAUUUACAGGCCACGUAUUUUUACGAACUCCUACUAGAGAUUUCAUCCGAUCAACAUCAUAUGCGGACUACAUAAUCUCAACACCUUGCCGAAGCUAAAUUGCGAAGCUUUUGAGUUAUCAUUGAAGGGCGUGUCCGUGGCAGCCUGACAAAUUUCAUUGUGAAACAAAUCACAUUUUUGACGCCUAAACAUGCUCGAAAACUCAUGCAACUUUGCAGACAUCUCAAGAGUGGAGAACAUUCAGAUCUGAUACAGGUUUGAGAAUGGAUUGUGCCAAAAUACUGCAGAUUAAAUUAUGAGCACUUUAAAGUGUUUUUAUUUAUUUAUUUAUUUUUCUUUCUUUUUUUUUUUUUACCUUUGAGGCAUGUAAAUCUAUUGUAUGAGACAAUUUUAAACAAAAUUAGGCACGUUUCAAAACCAUAAUUGGUGCGCUUUAAAUAAUGUUCUCGAAUUUCUAUAUAGUAUGUAGCCCCUUUUGUCGCCACCUGGCGGCCCCUAGUAUGAGAACCACUGUAUUAAAAAUUGUGCAGCAGUUUGUGAGCUCUAAAGAAAGCCCACGGAAAAGAAAUCUGAAUUGAACAAUGUCAGACUAAAUACUUUGUCGAGCUCCCACUGCUUUUAUUUCUUCAUACUGUUUGGAGGGGACAUGAAAUAAAUGUAAUGAGACCUGGGACCUGUAGACAUGAACAAGAUGAGACUGGAUUUGUGGGCGGGGCUUCAGCAGCUCUUAUUUAAGGCUGAGAACAGAAGUGCGCUCAGUUGAAGCGGUUUCUUCUUUUUUUUCCCCUUAAAGGUUUAUUUCAUUUUAACGCAGAAAUGAUUGUAACGAUUUAUUCACUUUUUGCAGUGAUCCACCUGACCUCAUCUUUAACUGUUGACAUCCCACUCACAUUUUAUGAAUUUGCCCGUGGGGGCAACGGCACUAUACCAUGCAACUUCAAACCCCAACAAGCAGACAACCCAUCAAUCAUCAUCUCAUGGACUUCACAUCCAGAUAAUCCUGCAGAUUCUGAUAUUGGCAUCCUCACGUAUUACUACUUCUCAAGUGCAGCGGAUAAUCUGGAUGUCCGUGAUGGAUAUACUAACCGAGCUUCACUUCAGGUAGACAUUGCUAAAGGAUGGGCGAACUUGACACUCAGUUCUCUAACAUCAAAGGACAGUAGAGGGUAUCAGUGCAAAGUUCAAAUUCCUAAGGACACCCAGGGAAAACCAUCAGAUACCACUACGGUUGUGGUUUUGGUGGCUCCUUCCAAACCCAUCUGCGCUGUUCAGGGAAAAGCAGAGUUUUACCAGAACAUCAGCCUGACCUGUCGUUCAGAGGAGGGCACGCCAACACCGACGUACAAAUGGCAAAGCUAUGAUGUCAGCAAUAAUCCCCAACAGAAUCCACCCAUGGCCACUGAUGUGAAUGGAGUUUUGUCACUUUACAAUAUUUCCACGGAGACCAGUGGUUAUUAUAUCUGCACGUCUGCCAAUAAAAUUAGCAAUGCAUCCUGUAUUCUGACUUUGACCGUCAUGCCAUGCAAGUAUUUUAAAAAUUGUGUAUUUAUCAUGCUAAAAUGUUGACCCUUUUUCCUGUUUAUCAGUUUUUGGCUUCCUCUUUUCAUUUUAUUUUGUGUGGUUCUGUCCCUUAGCCUCAGACUCCAUGAACAUUGGAGUCUGGAUAAUUGGAGGCUGUGCAGUUUUUCUCUUCCUCCUGAUGAUCAUUAUCUGCUGCUCCUGCUGCUGCUGCCGCCGGAAAAAAGUACAAGUCUGAGGAGUACACCGUGGGAUCACCAGAGGAUGGUGAGUACAC